ACACACACACACACACACACACACACAAACACACACCUGCAGAGCUGCAGCGCUUAAUGUGGCCGCGAUGACUUUCAUUAAAAUGUAGUAGACAGCUGAUGAGGACCGAGCUGCGCGUGACAGAUGGGUUUGUCUAUAAUCACUAUCACAACAAACUGUUAAAAAAAACAAUAACUAGUGAAAAACACAUGUAGUGAGCUCACAAAUAUAGCUUUGAGAACGAUUCAUUAUUAUAUUAUAUUAUAUUAUAUUAUAUUGUAUUGUAUUGUAUUGUAUUGUAUUGUAUUGUAUUGUAUUGUAUUGUAUUAUAUUAUAUUAUAUGUGUCACAGAACAGAGUAAUAGUGGUGAUCCCCUGAUAUCGAUGAUAAAAGCAUGAGUGUGUUGCUGCUGUGUGUGAAAGCUCCUGGCUCAUGUCUGGGAGGGGACCCGUUGAGGGGCACUUGUGACUUGUGUGAGGGUCUAGGGAGGAGCAACCUGCCUGGACCUCGGUGCUGGAGCGGCAGCAGAGCCACUCUGGGGUGAAAGGAGUCAAACCGUGUGCUUCCACUUUGUUGAGUCUCACUGGAGUCACGUUUGAGCUGCAGCUUGGCCUCAUACGCUUUGGGAAAGUUGAGGGACACAGAGGGAGGAACCGGCCGACAGCCAUGUUUUGCUUGGUGUUUCUUUUUGUUCUCGUCCCACGUGUCUUGUCCUCCUCUCCACCUGUAGCGGCCGUCUCCCCCCAGGAUCCCGUCCUGCCCAUCGGCUCCAGUCUGACGGCCACGUGCACGCUGGCGCCCGGGUCCGGCCUCCUCGCCAGCGCGCUGUACUGGACGCUGAACGGCGCCCGCCUGCGCGGCGUGGCGUCGGCCCGCGUCCUGAGCGUCACGCUGCCCCGGCUCAGGGGCUCCCGGCAGCGGUCUGGGGACAACCUGGUGUGUCACGGGCCGGACGGCCGCGUCCUGGCCGGGUCGUGCCUCCACGUGGGCAUGCCUCCAGACAAGCCGGUCAAUCUAACAUGUUGGUCCCGAAACACGAAGGACCUGAGCUGCAGGUGGAGCCCAGGGGGUGCGGGGGAAACCCACAUCAGAACCAAAUACGCCCUCAAGUACAAGCUGAGGUGGUACGGCACAGAGAAGGAGUGUGAAGGUUACAGCUCAGCGACGCGGCCGUACUCCUGCUACAUCCCUCGCAACCUCGCCCUCUUCACCCCGUAUGAGAUCUGGGUGGAGGCAACCAAUCAGCUGGGCUCCGCUACCUCUGACAUCAUCACCCUGGACAUCCUUGAUGUAGUGACCACGGACCCUCCUGCCAACGUCCACGUCAGCCGCGUCGGGGACCUGGGCGACCAGCUGACGGUCCGCUGGGCCGGCUCCCCUGAGCUCAGGGACGUCCUGUUUCAGGCUAAGUACCAGAUCCGCUACCGGCUGGAGGGCGGCACUGAGUGGAAGGUGGUGGAUGACGUCGGCAACCAGACGUCGUGCCGCCUGGCAGGCCUUCGCCCCGGCACGGUGUAUUUUGUCCAGGUGAGGUGCAACCCGGUGGGCAUCUAUGGCUCCAGGAAGGCCGGCAUCUGGAGCGAGUGGAGCCACGCCAGCGCUGCCUCCACGCCCAGUGACGGGCGUCUGCAGAGCGGCUCAUGUGAUCCUAAGCCUGCUGAGCCAAACUCCACCCUGCGGCGGGAACUCAAGCAGUUCUUUGGCUGGGUCCGCAAGCAUGCACGCGGCUGCAGCGGCAUGUCAGUCAAACUGUACGAUCAGUGGAGGGCGUGGCUGCAGAAAUCACAUGAAACUAGCAUCCAGGUAGAUUCUGCUAAAUGAUAAUUCAUAGAGCAACCAUUGUGUUUAUUUCAUGAACAGCAUCAAGGAACACUGGCCUUAGACUCUGGCUGAGGAAUCCUAUUUUUUUAACAUAAAAAUUUUACAAAAAGAAACAUUUGGAUGCCCAGUGAAUAGUAAAACAAUUUUGUUGGUCAGUAUAAGCUAAAGAUCCAAAAACAGCCAAUGGAUUUUUAUAAUGCACAUACAAAAAGCAAACAUCAAUAACUUGUGUUUAAUGUAAAGAGUCGGUUUGAUCAUUCCCUAAAUUAUUUUAACUAAAGGAACAGACAUUGUAAUCCUUAAUAUACUUCAUAUUUAAGACUAUGAAUUCUGAUGUAUGCACUUCUUGUAGUUGUUGAGUCUGUACAUGACUUAUAAAAAACGAAAGCAAAAAUCCCUUUGGAGGGGACUCUUCAGUUUCAAAAAAAUACAAUGUUUUCAGUAAGCAAAGAUAGUUACAUUAGCUUCUUACCGUAAGAAGUAUAGUAUUUACAAGAUAAUCAUCCAUUACAUGACAAGCCUUUUUGCUGAGGCAUGCAUUAACACAAACAGAAGAGUACAGAGGUCCCCUGGGUGGAAUAAGACUGCAGCAGUGAGCAGGGUGGAGCCAGCGGAGGAUCGAUGAGUGCAGCCGACGAGAUGAGAGUUGCAGCAAGGUUGAUCUAUCAGCCCCACUGUCUUGUGAUGCCAGACGGUGGCUGCAGCCCCGAGGGAUUCACCUGUCAAUCACAGUCCUCAGAGUCGUACUUAAAAUCCUGCAUGAUCUCACUCAGAGCCUCCUUGUUUUUGAUGAUUCUGAACAAAGGAACAACACAGUUUGACAUUUAUUUAAAAGACAACAGCAUUUUGGUAGCAUUUACAAAAUGUCUCUAUCCCUUUAUUGUUCCACCAAACUGAACUGCAGCUGUAUCACGGGACAGUGUGUUACAUUAGUGUGACACAGGAGGCACCUGAGCCUCUGAGCAGGUAAAUAGAGCUACUCUUACUCAUGCUUGAUCUCCUGAAUGUUUUGUUGACAGUCGUCCUCCUCGGGGUGAUCCUGGGCCCGCUGCUUGGCCAGCUGCAGCUUGGCUGUCUGUUUAAGAGUAUGGAACAGAGGCAAAAGCUUAUGAGGGCCUUUAAAAAUAUAGCAUCACUGAAUGAUUUAAAGUGUUUUGUUGUUAUUGCAGAAAAAACUAUAGUUACACAGGAUGCUUCAAACAUUCAUAACUGAGCUCCCCAAAUAAAUACUGAUUCUGAAUAAACGCUGAUCUGUAUCUUUAA